AUUAACGUCUGUCUGACUCCACGUGAGUGUAUCAACCAUGGUAUCAACAGCAUGAUGGCUGGUGUGUAAAUUCAGCCCUCGACUUGUUGGAAGUGCUUUAAGAUUAAACAACAAACAGUUUGUCUGUAACAGAAGUAGCAGUGAGACGAUGGCAACAGUCCGCAAGAAGGUAGACAACCGGAUUCGUGUCCAGAUAGAGAAUGGAGUCGCUUUGCAGCAUCGGUCCAUAUUUGUGGUGGUGGGAGAUCGAGGGAGAGAUCAGGUUGUCAUUUUGCAUCACAUGCUGUCUAAAGCUGCCGUCAGAGCAAGACCUUCUGUGCUCUGGUGCUACAAAAAAGACCUGGGAUUCAGCAGCAAUCGGAAGAAGCGCAUGAGACAGCUGCAGAAGAAGAUAAAAACUGGCACGUUGAAUCUGAAUCAGGAUGACCCGUUUGAACUGUUCAUCGCUGCAACCAACAUCCGAUACUGUUACUACAACGAAACGCACAAGAUCCUGGGAAACACCUACGGCAUGUGCGUCUUGCAGGACUUCGAAGCUCUCACUCCCAAUCUCUUAGCGAGAACUGUUGAGACUGUAGAAGGAGGUGGUAUAGUGGUGAUUCUGCUCAGGACGAUGAACUCUCUCAAGCAGCUGUACACAAUGACUAUGGACGUGCACUCUCGUUACCGCACGGAGGCUCAUCAGGAUGUGGUGGGAAGGUUCAAUGAGAGAUUUAUUCUAUCACUUGCAUCCUGCAAAAACUGCGUUGUUAUUGAUGACCAACUAAACAUCCUGCCAAUCUCCAGCCACAUGGCAAACAUCACGCCUGUUCCUCCAAAGACUCAGGAGGACGGUUUGUCUCCACGAGAACAGGAGCUGAAGGAUCUGAAGGAGUCCCUUCAGGACACUCAGCCUGUGGGUGUGUUGGUGGAUAGCUGCAGGACUAUGGACCAGGCUAAAGGGGUGCUGAAGUUCAUUGAGGCGAUCUCAGAGAAGACUCUGAGGAGCACCGUGGCUCUGACUGCUGCCCGUGGCCGAGGCAAGUCUGCAGCACUGGGGCUGGCUGUCGCUGGGGCUGUGGCUUUUGGCUACUCCAAUAUUUUUGUAACCUCACCGAGCCCGGACAACCUCCAUACCAUGUUUGAGUUCAUCUUCAAAGGCUUUGAUGCUCUGCAGUAUCAGGAGCAUCUUGACUAUGAAAUCAUCCAGUCUUUGAAUCCAGAGUUCAACAAAGCUGUGGUGCGGGUGAACAUCUUUAAAGAGCACCGGCAGACAAUUCAGUACAUCCACCCAGGUGAUGCAUUGAAGCUGGGCCAGGCUGAACUGCUGGUCAUUGAUGAGGCUGCAGCCAUCCCUCUUCCUCUGGUUAAGAAACUGCUCGGGCCUUAUCUGGUUUUCAUGGCCUCCACCAUCAACGGCUAUGAAGGCACUGGUCGCUCUCUUUCCCUCAAACUGAUUCAGCAGUUGAGGCAGCAGAGUGCAGACAGUCAGCAGAGCAUGUCAGCCGAGAACAGGAGCAGCAACACAGAGAGGCUAGCAGCAGCUCGCUCUCUCCAUGAGGUUUCUCUUCACGAGUCCAUUCGGUAUGCUCCAGGGGACGCUGUUGAGAAGUGGCUGAAUGACCUGCUCUGUCUGGACUGUCUGAACAUACCCAGGCUCAUUUCUGGCUGCCCACUUCCAAAGACUUGUGACCUAUAUUAUGUGAACAGAGACACACUGUUCUGUUACCACAAGGCUUCUGAGGCUUUCCUGCAGAGGUUGAUGGCCCUCUAUGUGGCAUCGCACUACAAGAAUUCCCCAAACGACCUGCAGAUGUUGUCCGAUGCUCCGGCCCAUCACCUCUUCUGUCUCCUGCCACCUGUUCCUCCCACGCAGAACUCCCUACCGGAGGUCCUCGCUGUGGUGCAGGUGUGUCUGGAGGGAGAAAUAUCUCGGCAGUCCAUCCUAAACAGUCUAUCCAGAGGGAAGAAAGCCUCUGGUGACCUCAUUCCCUGGACGGUGUCGGAACAGUUCCAAGACCCAGAGUUCGGGGGCCUCUCUGGAGGCAGAGUGGUGAGAAUUGCUGUCAAUCCAGACUACCAAGGGAUGGGCUACGGCUCCAGAGCUCUCCAACUGCUGCAGAUGUACUAUGAGGGCAAGUUUCCCACCAUGGAUGAGAGCACACACUCAAAUCAUAAUGAGAUCACAUCCGUCAGCAGUGAGGCGGUCAGUCUGCUGGAAGAGGUGAUCACUCCACGGAAGGAGCUCCCUCCUCUGCUGCUGAAGCUGAGUGAGAGGAGAGCAGAGAGACUGGACUAUCUAGGAGUUUCCUAUGGUCUUACUACACAGCUACUCAAGUUCUGGAGGAAAGCGGGUUAUACUCCAGUCUACUUAAGACAAACCCCUAAUGACCUGACAGGAGAGCACUCUUGCGUGAUGCUGAAGGAGCUGAACACAGAUGAAGCCCUGGAGCAGAGCCAGUGGCUGUCUGCAUUCUGGAAAGAUUUCCGCCGGCGCUUCCUGUCCCUCCUCUCCUACCAGUUCAGCCGCUUCCAUCCGAGCCUGUCACUCAGUAUCCUGCAGAACAAGAAGUCCAAGGAGGAGACGAGCACUCUCAGUAGCUCCGAGCUGGCAUCCCAUUUCAGCCCCUACGACCUCAAACGUCUGGAGUUAUAUUCGAGGAGCAUGGUGGACUACCACCUCAUCAUGGACCUGAUCCCAACAGUGGCUCGCAUGUUUUUCCUCAAGCAGCUCGGCGACGUCUCUCUCUCAGCCGCACAGUGUGCAUUACUGCUGGGCAUAGGGUUACAGCACAAAUCAGUAGAACAGCUAGAAAAGGAAAUUGAACUCCCAAGCUCGCAACUCAUGGGCCUCUUCAACCGUCUGAUCCGGAAAUUUGUGCAAGUCUUCACCAGCAUCCAAGAAAAAGCUAUUGAGGCACAGAUGGCGACCACUAAAGACGUUUCCAUGGAGCCGACCGUCAGAAGUCUUAAUGAUGAUCUGAAUGAAGCAGCUAAAGAGUUUGAGGAGAGACACAAGCAGGAUGUAGAGAAAGUGAAGGAAAUGGACAUGGAAGAGUACAAGAUCCGUGGAGAUGAUGAGGAAUGGGACCAGGUGUUGAAGAAAGCAGGGAACACAGCCAUCGUCAGCAUCAAGAGCGACAAGAAGAGAAAGUUGGAUGGGGGAAACCCCAAAGCAAGCAAUGGGGCUCCCGAGCAUGGGAAACUAAAGAAGAAGGAAAUGCAACACAGCAAAUUCAAGAAGAGCAAGGACAAGCAUGGCAAAUUUGGAAAAAAGGCUUGACAGUUAACGGUGCUGUGUUGACAGGACAGUGUGU